UAACAAGGCUGCUACUAUAUAUUAACAUGCUAGGGUUAGGUUUAUAUACCGAAGACCAAGCUUUAUUUUCUAGUAACAAUCCAUCAAAAUUUCACUUAAUUCUCCCCAUUCAUAAGUGAAAGUUCAAAUAGGGAUUUUCAAGAAUGAUGAAAAAAAGACAAGUGGUGGUUAAAAGGAUUACUGGAGGUUCAUCAACUAGGAACAUACGAUACGUUGAAUGUCAAAAGAAUCAUGCGGCUAAUAUCGGUGGCUACGCAGUUGAUGGCUGCCGUGAAUUCAUGGCAAGCGGUGAAGACGGGACGACGGCUGCCCUAACUUGUGCUGCUUGUGGCUGUCACAGGAAUUUCCACCGGAGAGAAGUGAAUGGUGGUGAAGUUGUUUCUGAGAGUUAGUGUGAUUUAUUCGGAUGAUCAUGUUUGGUCCAAGAUUAUAUAAAAAGGAUAAGGUGAGUUUAAUUUUAUGUAUCAGAGUUCUUUAUGGUUUGUGCUUGAAUAUUUGUGUAUAAUUUGAUGUACAAAAAUUGAUGAAUUCCAGAUAAAAGAAUCUUUCUUGUAACUCGAACAAGAUAUAAAAUAUAUCAGAAGAUCUUAUUUUUAA